CAGAGGGCUGCACUGCUCACCUCCUCUACACUGGAACAGUCCCUCUGGCUCUUAGAAAAAGAGUUUGAACCUGUACAUCCAGAAGGAGUGGGAGGCAGAGAGAAGACUUAGGGAAAGAUGACAGCGGAAAGACCAGGCUAGCUGGUUGAAGUCGCAUCAGAUGUGCUCUGCCGGUGACUGAGGGGCUCAAAGGCGCCAUCAUGAGCUUCCGUGCGGGAGCCUCUGGUGUAAAUGGCUCAAGCCAAGUUGGGGGACGUGGAAGUGAGGAUGCCGGUGAAGGAAACAGCAACAAUGAGACUUAUAUCCCGUGCUUAAAGGCAGUGAGACCUAGGCUGACGAGCGCUGAUCCAGCGGGAGAGGGGAGGUCGAGCAGUGUGGAGCAGCUGGUGAGACCUGCCCUGCCAGGGAGGAAAGCACACAGGAAGACCUGCAGCAGGGACAACAGAGGAAGAUGGAGAGAGGGAGACAGGGAGGAGGAGAGACAAAAUGUUGAACACGUAGGAAGCAAGGAAAGAGGUAAACAAAGGCAGAGGAAGACAGAAAGAACAGAGACAUUUGGAGAUGGAGGCCAGGGAAGAGGAAGUACUGAGAGUUUGUCCAGCAGUAAUUCUGACAUCCCAUUAAAUAGCAACUUGGAAGUUGGAGAAGGGUCAAACAACUCGCAGAGAGGAAACACAUGUCCCAGACCUCCCAGUACUGGCUGCACCCGGACCAGCACCGCCAAUUUAAACCCCCAGUCUCCUUGGCCAGCAUCGAGGUCCACGUCUUCUGCUCUCCCUCAGCCUCCCAUCCAAACCAGGUCCACACCUCUGUCCCCUGAAAGACUUUCAUCCAGGACAGCUACAGGAGACCCGCACCGCUACCCAUUUAGUUCAUCCAGAGAGCUAGAUCCAUUCUGGGCGGAGGUGAAGACGGGGGCAGCAACUGGACGAUUGUCUCAAAGCCGUCAGCGUCACAUCCCACCUCUCACCAGCUCAGAGCUGGGAGAAGAAGAAGAGGAGGAAGAGGAAGAAGAAGAGGGGGACGGCGUGGAAGAUGGCGGGGAAGGAGGCAGUGGUGUGAUGGAGGUGAUGGGUCAAAGCAUGACCUCGGCAGUGGUGCCACCUUGUGUUCCUUUUGGGGAGAGGAGGAUGAGCAAAAGGGAGAAGAACAGGAUUAAGUGUCUGAGGAGGAGGCAGAGAAGGAGGGAGAGGUGGAGACAGAGUCAACUGCAGGAGAGCAGACAGAGCUCAACAGGGAACCCAUCCAGCAGCAGCAGUGAGGAUGACGAGGACAUGAGCGCCGGUGACAGAGAAGGUUACAUCUGCGCCGUGUGCUUGGACGUGUACUUCAGCCCUUACAUGUGUCACCCCUGCAACCACAUCUUCUGUGAACCCUGUCUGAGGACGCUGGCGAAGAACAGCCCCACCAACACCCCCUGCCCCCUCUGCAGAACAAUCAUCACACACGUCUUCUUCCAGAAGGAGCUAAAUCAAACAGCGAGGACAUUCUUCCCAAAGGAAUACCUCUCCCGGAAACAGAACUUCCAGAAAGCAAGUUGUGCAAAGUGGCCUCUACCAAGCUGCAGAAAACUCUUCCGUAUCUUUGGAGGCUUCCAGAGGCAGUCCAGUCCCAUAGCCAGACGUCAGUUCCCCCAUGGAGGAGGCUACCGUCUGGACACUCUGGACUUUGAGGAUGACUCUCGAGGCUGGCACUUUGACAUGGACAUGGUCAUCAUCUACAUCUACUCAGUCAACUGGGUUAUAGGCUUCUUCAUAUUCUGCUUCCUCUGCUACCUCUUCUUCCCUUCUUUUUGACAGACCUGGCAACAAUGUUGGAGCAACAAAGAGAGAGGACAGGUUGGAGGUACUGAAGGAUGAGGGUAGAAUAAGGAAUUAAAGAUGAAGCAGCGGGCAGGCAGGUACAUAUAUGUUUAUAUAGGGAGAAACUGAGCUGUAGGGUUUAAUGAGAAGACAAUGGGUGAAUUUCAAGCAAGUGGGACGGCGCAGCAGAGGGAAAACAACAGUGUGCCAGCUUGUUGUCUCUCAUUAAUAAAUGAUUGAAAUGGGGAAAUUGUGUAGUGGCAUGUUUGGGAAUCCAGUGUUCUCUGUCUCCUCAUGUUGCACGUGUAAUGUGGGUCACACAACAUGUCCUGUUCCUGUACGCAGGGGAGUGAAUACAUGUAUAACAUCUCUUAGGCUGUGGUGCUUUACUUUCAAUAUAAUUACAUACGGUCUGUUGAUGCUUAAACACACCUUACUGGAUCACUCCUAGUCUGAGUACUUUCUGGCACUUUAAGUACUACAAAUUUAUACACACCAAAUUUUCCUCAUUUUGAGAUGUGCAGUCAUGAUAAACACUUUACAAAGGGACAUUGUAACAUUUGUUUAUUCCUACAAUCACUUUAAAAUUCAGACUUUUCAUGGACAAUUUAACAAUUUCCAUUAUGUUUUUACUUUGGAAAACACAAGAAUGAGCAGCACCUCUAGAUUUUGAAGACUUCUGUAGUGCUUGUUUGUACUUUUACCCAAAACCCAGAACAUAACAUUUCAGUACUACCACAGGUUUUGCGUUUUCCCAUGAUAAUACUUGAAUGUAAAUCAUGGUUUACUAAUAAUAAUGCUAAACAUUGGACCACAAUAAAAUCAAAGGAAUAACACACGUGAGCAUUUGGGUGAUUAUAUUUAUGCAUCCUCACAACACUAGUAAACCAAAGAUUUGCUCUUUAAUUACAACUAUUUGUUUAUGGUUUUAUGAACCUCUAUGUUCCACUUUAUCACCAAACACCAUAUCCUGGGAAUGAAAACAUUUUUAAUUGGCACUAGCAUUAUAUCAUACAGUAUGUGUUGCGAGAUGUUUUUAAUUAACUGUUUUUCAAUGCGAAGAAACUUUGUGGUUCUUGUUGUUCUUUAACACGCCUGGAGGGAGUCAUGUUGGACUAAGUCACUGUCCUGUACAGUAAAUAAAGUUCAAACAGAAACACAUACACACAGGUGUGUAGAUGUGGCUUUGAAAUUGAUUUUUACAGUUUAAGUGGUUUCCAAUUUGGUAAUGAAAUCAUGUGUUACAGAUAAAUAAAUGACUUUAUUCCUGA